AAAAAUACAAAUGUUAACUUUUACUGUAUCGCAAUUUAUUAGAUGGCACUAAACUACCAUGUUAACUAUUAGCUAGAUUUAGGAAACUAUGACUACAUAGAUAUUCAACUAUUAGUCACCAUUUUUAAGGCUAGUUGCUUAGGUAACGUCGUCGGUUGUAAAGGAGGCGGAGCCAGUUCUAAAUUCGAAGUUUGUCUUUAGAAAAACAAUUGUUCACAAUCAGACCAGGAACAUUCAAUAAAUAAAUUAAUUCAAUACAUUUUGAAAUUUCAUGGUGACUUUUGCGUAUUUCAAACUUUUAUUUUUGCAUUAAGUGCAUUUCUGUUUCCCAUUAGUUUACAGAUGCACACUGAGGGGCGAAUCAACCUUAUUUUUGUGUUGUAAUCGACCGAACGCCACAGAUGCCUAUUGUGUUAUUUACCCUGAAAUAUUCCUUUAAAUAAGAAAACUCACCUCAGAUGCGCGUCACACGCGUGAACGUAGCAGGUACUGUUCUUCAACAUAAUAGUGACCCAGUUGUUAAGAAGUGUGUUGCUAUGAGACUGACGCGCACACACACGCAUACCCCUUAAAAAUGUGUUUAUCACUGUGAAAACACACACCUACACACUCCCCAAUUGUACUCUCAUUAACACACAAUGAAAAGAAACACACACACACAGAUUAAUCUCAGAGUGUGUGUGCCUGUACAUGCUGCAGUGUGUGUGUGUGUGUGUGUGUGUGUGUGACGCAUGCUCCGCUGAACUCCCCUCCCCCUCUGUUCAUCUGCUCUGCAGCCGCGUCGAAACACUCAGACAAACACACUACUGGAGAGACGAGAAAGAAACGUGAGACAAAGAUGAGAGACACGAAACCGCAGCCGAUAUUGACUCUAGCAUGAACCAUGACAGACUGGAGCGAGAGAUAGACAGCUAGAGGAGAGGGGUGGGGUGAACGCAGACAGACAGAGAGAGAGAGAGACAGACAGGAGGGAUAUGGCCCUCUUACACGUCUCUGCAGUCAAGCUGCAUGCCCUGGACUGAAGACCAUGCUGGAUAAAAGCGAAGUGUCUACUCUCAGUCUACCACCCUCCGUGAGCCAUGGCGGGUCAGACGGGAACAUCAGCGUGGAGGCAGGGUUAGACGGGGCAGGCGGCGAGGUCCAGAGAACACGAGCGGCGCUGGAACACCUGCAGCAGAAGAUCCUGAAGAUCACCGAACAGAUCCGCGUGGAACAGGAGGCCCGUGAUGAUAAUGUGGCCGAGUAUCUCAAACUGGCCCAUAAUGCGGACAAACAGCAGGCGUCGCGCAUCAAACACGUGUUUGAGAAGAAGAACCAGAAGUCUGCGCAGACUAUUGCGCACUUGCACAAGAAGCUUGAGCACUACCACAAGAAACUCAAAGAGAUCGAGCAGAAUGGUCCUGCGCGGCAACCCAAAGAUGUCUUGAGGGACAUGCAGCAGGGGCUGAAGGACGUAGGUGCCAAUAUGCGAGCGGGAAUCAGUGGUUUUGGAGGGGGCGUGGUGAAAGAAGUCAAGGGCGGAGUCUCUGCACUCACGCACACCGCCGUCGUCUCAAAACCCCGAGAGUUCGCUAGUCUCAUCCGCAACAAGUUCGGCAGCGCCGACAACAUCGCCCACCUGAAGGACACUCUGGAGGAUGGGCACACGGAGGAGACGCCCAGAGCUCUGAGUGGCAGCGCCACGCUGGUCUCCAGCCCCAAAUACGGCAGCGACGACGAGUGCUCCAGCGCAACUUCCGGGUCAGCAGGUGGUAGCAACUCCGGCGGGGCGGGAGCAGCAAUGGGCAGCCCGCGACUGGACGGACAUCACCACCACCAUCAUCACCACCACUCCUCGUCUUCCUCUUGGGAUACAAUGCUGGAAGGCCUGCAGGAGAUCAAAGUCAGUCAGGUGCAUAUGGAGGACGCCAUCGAGGACAUGAAAGCGCAGCUGCAAAGCGACUACAGCUACAUGACCCAGUGCUUGCAGGAGGAGCGAUACAGGUACGAGCGUCUGGAAGAGCAACUCAAUGACUUGACGGAACUCCAUCAGAACGAGAUGAGCAAUCUGAAGCAGGAGCUGGCCAGCAUGGAGGAGAAGGUGGCGUACCAGUCGUACGAGAGAGCGCGAGACAUCCAGGAAGCAGUAGAGUCCUGCCUCACCCGCAUUACCAAACUGGAGCUGCAGCAGCAACAGCAGCAGGUGGUGCAGCUGGAGGGCGUGGAGAACGCGAAUGCCCGAGCUCUGCUGGGAAAACUCAUCAACGUCAUCCUGGCCCUGAUGGCGGUACUGCUGGUGUUCGUCUCCACCAUGGCCAACUUCAUCACGCCCCUCAUGAAGACGCGCGCCCGGGUUGGCGCCACCCUCGCCCUUGCGCUCUUCCUGGUCACACUGUGGAAACACUGGGAUUGGCUUGAGCUCUGCCUGUUGCCCAGCUGAAGAACGUGAACAAAA